AUGGCUCAAUCCGCGUACUCCCUUAGCUCGACUGUAAAGGUGAACAAUGGCUCCAGCAUUCCCCUCAUACAGCUCGGCGUCUACAUGGUCAGCGGCCAAGAAACUAUGAAUCAUGCCGUUCAUACUGCAUUAGGUGCCGGUUAUCGCGGUAUUGACUCAGCAGAAUGGUACCAAAAUGAACGUGAGGUCGGGCGUGCAGUCCGGUCUUUCCUCUCGAGCCCAGACAACAAAGCCAGCCUUAGGCGUGAAGAUAUUGAAUUCACCACAAAACUCAAAUCAAAUAUAUCAUACAGUGCGACUCGCAAAUCGAUCAAACGCUCGAUCGAAGAGUCUGGACUUGGCUACAUUGAUUUGUACCUCCUUCAUAGUCCUUACGGUGGCAAGUCCAAACGUCUUGAAUGUUGGAGAGCGGUAGAGGACGCAAUUGGCGAAGGAGAGAUCAAAAUCGGUGGUGUGAGCAAUUUUGGGAUCAAACACCUUGAAGAGCUCCUCGCUUCGACUCCUCGAGUCACGCCAGCGGUCAAUCAAGUCGAAAUCCACCCUUUCAACACGCAAAGCAAGCUGUCUAAGUUCUGUCAAAAGAAGGGUAUAGUGGUACAAGCAUGGGGACCUCUGGUGCGAGGAAUGCGGAUGGAGCAUCAUACAAUAUCAUCCCUGGCGAAAAAGUACACUUGCUCACCCGCACAAUUAUUGAUCAGAUGGAGCUUGCAGCAUGGCUACGUGCCUCUGCCCAAGAGCGUUACGCCUCACAGAAUCAUCGAGAAUGGGCAGGUGCACGAUGUUGAGAUCGAGGCCUUUGACAUGGAGAAGCUGGAUGCUUUGGACGAGCAUCUGGUGACGGACUGGGACCCUACAAAUACUGAUUGA